AUGGAUGAAGAAGAAACUAUUUGUGACAAAGAAGCAUGCCAGAAUGUGAAGAAAAAUCUAGCGUUGGUUAUAGAAAGGCAGAAGAGUUUCACAGCAUCUCAGGAAUCGAUUGAAAAAUUGCAAAGCGAAAAUAAGGGUUUUGGUGUAUAAGUUGCAAGAUUUGGAAAGAAAUACAAUGCGCUAUCAUGAUCAAUGUGCAAAUGCCGUAAAUGCAAAAGAGACUGCGGAAGCCGAAUUGCUCAGAUUACAAAAGGAUUGCGAAUUUUAUAAAAAUCGAAAUGAAGAGUUAUCAGAGAAAGCAGCAAGUUCAGAAAUACAUUUGAAAAAUGCGAAUGAAUGGCGAAAUAAACACGAUGAGAUGGGCGGUCUUGCUGAAAAACUCGAACAAACAAUUGAUGAAGUUAAUUCGAAAUACGUGAAAAGUGUUUCUUUACUCGAUCAAUAUGAAAAGAAAUUCACAUCUCUUCGAGCAAAAUUGGAAUUAGACAAAGCGAAAAAUGAUCCAAUCAUUAAUCGACAAAAAAUCCUUAAUAGAUAUCUAAAUAAGGCAAUCACUCUAAUCGAUUUGCUUUCAAGAAAUAUGCCAACAAAUAACACAGCAAAAGCCACAAAGGAUUUAAUCAACUUAUUUCGUCGGGAUGAUGUUAGAGUUCAAUUUAAUGCUGAACCUUAUAGAAAAGAUGCAGAAUCGAUUGUUUUAGUGGAAAAAGAGCCAAAUAGUCGGAAAAAUAAAGAUCAUGAAGAUUUAGGACUACAUUUAAGUGAUGAUGAAGAAGAAGAAUCCAUCGAUGAAACUUCAGAAACCCUAGAAGCUCUCCUGAAAUCUCCAGAAAUCAAAAAACGCGAGCCACAGAUGAAAUAUGACAAAACACCCAUCAAAGAUCACAAAGUUUGGCCAAAACGCAUCAGAAAACCUAAUCCUAGUAAGAAUAUUUCAUUUUUUUUUCAAAUUAAAAUUUAAUUUAGAAAUCGCAGAUUUGGCAGAUCGUGGAGUCUUGGAUGCUCGAACUGUGCACAGCAGAUCUAUUCCAGCACCGUAUGCUUAUGAUGCGAUCAAUGAUGCGGCAAAACAGAGAAGUAAGCGAUUUUUGAGGCUUAAAUUGGGGAAAUGGGGAUUGUGUGCUAAAAACCUUCAAGAAAAAUUAGACUUUAGCUAAUUUUAAGCCACGUUUUUCAGCCUAAAUUGAUUUUUUUUCCAGCAAAAUCCCUAUUGCAUCGAUCAUCUGGAAACUCAUCUGAAGCCGGUCCAAGCAAUCCUUCUGGUCCAAAUCCGGAACCUGUUGCUGCUGCAACGUAAGUUUUUUUCAAUCCGAAAAUCCCAACGAAACUUUACAAUUUUCAGCACAAUUCACGGUCGAAAAGGAAAAACGGUUCGAGAACAGCAAGCGGAAAAUAUGCAAAAAAUGUCGAUCAAAGAAAAAGUGGCGAAAAUGCGAGAAGAACAGAAUUUGGCGGGAAAUUCGAAGAAAAUUGGAGAGAUUGAGGUGAUUCUUUGGGAAGUUUUGUCUUAGAGCCUUGAAUUUUCAGCUUAAAAAUUUGGCUUGUCUUAGCCCAAAAAAUCUAAAAUUUUGCAGCCUCUUCGACCUGUCAGUUUAUGCCUUUCGGAAUCCAGCGAUAUUCCCGAUGAUAUUUCGAUGUCAACAUCGGAAAGAGUCAAAUUGAGAAGAAGAACUUGUUCUUCUCGAAAAUCCGAAGAUCCGGAAAUUCUGGCAACGGUGAGAUUUUGUGCUGAAAAUCAGGGAAAAACAAUUCGCACUGUUUUAUCAGAAAAUCAAUAAAUCUAUAUUUUCCAGCCAACACCAAAACAACCAGCGCCAAUCCGAAGAUCGACUAGAAAUUCUGAAAUUUCAGCUGAAAAUGAGAAUCGAGAAGAAGCUGGAAGUUCGAAAAUUGAUGAGGUAAAUUUGAAGCUGAAAUUUCGCGAUUUUCAAGAAAAAUCAUCAGAAAUUGUUGAAAUAAUCUUUUUUUUGUCUAAAAAUUGAUAGUUGUAGGCUGGUCAAUUUUCAUGAUUUCUGAAUCAUUUUUGACCCGAAAAACAUCAAUUUAUGCUAAAUUAUCAUGAAAUGAUUACUGUUUUGACCAUUUUUCAAUCUAAAAACCUAUUUUCAGCCCGAAGCAAUUGUUGAAAGAAGAGGACGUGGAAGACCGGCCAAAAAGGAAAAUUGAAAAGGAGGUAUUUAGGAACAUUUUAUGCCGAAAAGCCUGAAUUUAUACCUGAAAUUAGUUGAAUAUUAAAUAAAAAAGAUAGAUCUUUACCUGAAAAUCAUAAAAAUCUCUAAUUUUCAGACUCCUCAAGCUGGAAGAGCUAGGAGUCGUUCAGUUUCGAGUAGAAAAUCAAUUGAUAAAAAUGUGGAAGAAGAAAAAGGAAGAGGAAGAGGAAGACCACCAAAUAGAAAUAGUCAAAUAGGUUUUGGGGUGAAUUUUUAGUGUUUUAAAGCUAUAAGCAUGUUAAUUCUCCUAUUUUUAGCAUCUUCCAACACCAAAAACAUCAGCUGAACCUCCGACUCCGAAAAUCACUGGAAGCACUAAGAAAGAGGUAUGUUUAGACCUAUUUUUACCUUAAAAUCUGAAAUUUUCAGAUAAUUCAAAAACCAAAGCAACAACAUGUUCCAAUUCGAAGAUCAACUAGAAACUCAGAAAUUGUCGCUGAAAAUCGAGAAGAACCAGGAAGUUUGGAUAUUGAUGAGGUAAUGUUGGUUGGAGAUUAAAUUUUUCAGUCUGGAAAUCAUAUGAAAAUCUCAUUUCACGCUAAAAAUCGAUAAUUUCAGCUUCUUCCAACACCAAAACAACCAGCUCCAGUAAGAAGAUCUACAAGAAAUUCUGAAAUUCCUGCUGAAAAUCGAGGAAGUUUGGAAAUUAAUGAGGUAAUUGUGAAGCUGAAAUUUUCAUUUUCACAUUGAAAUUCUUUUUGUUCUACUUUGAAUACUGUAAUUUUGCAGCCAACUCCAAUUCCAACACAAAAACAACCAGCUCCAGUCAGAAGUUCUACCAGAAAUUCUGAGGUAAUUUUAUUCUUAAAUGAAAUCAUCUGAAAAUCCCAUUUUUAUUUAAUGCUAAAACUGUAAUUUUCAGCCUUCACCAUCACCAAAAGCACCAGCUUCAAUUCGAAGAUCAUCCAGAAAUUCUGAAAUUCCUGCUGGACUUCGAGAAGACGCUGAAAGUUUGGAUAUUGAUGAGGUAAUUUUUAGACCAAUUUAUAGCUGCCAAUCAUAGAAAAUAUUUUCAGACCAAUUUUCAAAUAGAAAUCUUGAUUUUUGACCUAGAAAUCAUCUGAAAUUCCUUUUUUUCACCCUAAAAAACUCGUAUUUUCAGCUUCUUCCAACACCAAAGCAAUCAGUUCCAGUAAGAAGAUCUACAAGAAGUUCUGAAGCUGUAUAUGGAAGUCGAGAUGACGCUGGAAAUUUGGAAAUUGAGGAGGUAAAUUUGGUUCAUAAUUUUCAUUUUUCAUUCUGGAAAUAAUCCCUAAAAAUUUGAAAUUUCAGCCAAUUCCAACACCAAAACAAUCAGCUGCAGUUCGAAAGUUCACCAGAAUAUCUUGAAAGUUCCUGCCUGAAAAUCGAGAAGAAGCUGGAAGUUCGAAAGUUGAGGUAAUUUUGUAAAUAAAAUUUCUGAAUUCGUGUUUUUCAGACAAAUUUCCCUACUAAAAAUCAUGACUAAAUUUCAAAAAUAUUCUAAUAUUUUCCCCGUUUUUGAUACUUUUCAAAAUUUUAAUAAGAUUCUAACGAGAACCAAAAUUUCAGUAUUCCAAUGGUUGAUGAAAUUCUAAAUAUUUUCUAAUUUUCCAAAAUUCCCCAUUUUUUCCAGAAAAAAAUGCCAACACAUCGUGCAAUUCCAGUCAGACCUAAAGCUGUUUUAGUGAGUUUUUCCCCAAUUUUGUUUUCAGCCCGAAAAAAUCUCAUUUUUUUCAGCCAGCUUCUCUUGAUUGUGGUCCGCCAACAAGAGUUCGAGGAUUUUCGACAAUGCCAGCACCGAAAAGACAAAGAAAAUCUGAAAAAUCUGUAGAUCAGGUGGGUUUUUGAGCUAGAAACCAUAAUUUUAACACAAAAUCACAUAAUUUCAGCCUGAAAAUCUUGAAAAACCUGCUGAAAAUCGAGAAGAGAAUGAGGAAGAAGACACUGGAAAUUUACAAAUUGAUGAGGUAAUUUUUGAGAUGAAAAUCCCUGAAAAAUCGAUAUUUUUUAGCCACUUCCAUCAAUUUCGCCUCCCAAAAAACUAUUAUCUGAAAAUCUGGAACUUGCUGAAAAUCCAGAUCAAACUACAUUCAAAAGACCAUCACCCAGAAAACAACACAAGCCAAAAUCAAACCUGUCAAAUAUAACUGUACAAGAAAAAGUUAAGGUAAAUUUUAAAUUUCAAGUUUCUUCUGACAUUCGAAUUUUCAGCCAAAACCUGUACAAUCAAGUAAAAUGCCGACUGAAAAUGUUGAGGUAAGAUUUGUAGGCGCUGACCCUUGAAAAUUGAAUCUCAUAGGCGCGGCUACUUGAGAUCUAAGAUAUCUAGGCGCGCCUUCUUGACAUAGAAUUUCAAGGCGUCACUCGUUGUCCGACUGAAUUUUCAAUCUCUAACCCCAGGUAUUUUGCAGAUCUCUGAAAAUCUGCCAAGCACAUCAUCAUGUUCUGUAAUUUCAUUAUCGACUGAAAUUUCUUUCUCUGAUAAUUUUUUGGAGGAAAGUGAGGACAGUGAUAGAUCAUUGAGAGUUGAAGAGGAAAUUGUCGAAAAAUCGCCGAAAAAAAUGGACAAAGUUGCGGUAAUUAAGAAGGUAAGAUUUCAGAUUUUGAGAAAAAUUGGAUUUCUAGCCCAAAACAUCAUAGAAGGAUAUCCAGAAGUCACUGAAAUACAAAAAAAAAAUGAAUUUUUGACAAAAAUUCAAGAUCAUAAAAAUAACAUUUGUAUUUCUAGGCCACCAAAAAGUCUUCCAUGUUAUUUUUCUUUUUCCAGAAAUCAUCAAAAAUCGAAGAUCUCGGAUUAGAUGUCAGUGAUAGCGAAGAAGAACCAGAAUCAGAACAACCACAAGCUCCGCCCACAAUUUCCACCAAAAAACCGGAGCCAAAAAGAACUGCAAUUCUAAUCGAUAUUCCACUGAAAAAACCGGGAAGAGGAAUAAAAAGAGCCGCGGAGCUGGAAUUGGCUGAAAAUACGAAAAAAUUAAGGAAAAAUCAGCGAGAAAACGGGAAAAAUCACUUGAGAUUGGCAUUUGAUUUGAAAUUACCUGUUGAACAAUUGCCACAAGUUUUGGAGGAAAAAGGUGUGAAAUUGGAAAAUGGAUGUAUUUUAAUGGAAAUCGAGGAAGCUGUUGAUGUUAUGAUUGAAUAUUUGAAAAAGAGCCAACACGCGGAAAUGUGGGGAUUAUUAUUGAAACAAAAAAGAGAGCAAAAGACGGAAGAAUUGUUAAAUAAAGAAGAAGAAAUGUUUUUGAAUGUGGCUGCGACUUUUAUCAGAGAGGAUGGUAGAUUGCUUUGUGAGUGAAUUUUUAAGAAGGAGAGGGAGGGAAUUUGGAGCAUUUUGGAGCUCAAGAACGGAGUUUUUUGGAGAACUUUGAGAAUAUCUGGGGUGCGCAGUAGGAUCUACGUAGAAUUUGGAACAUUUUGACACCAAACAUGCUUGGGAUGUUUUUGACGCAUGAAAAUUUAGGAAUCUACGUUGAAUUUGAAGUUUUUCAAUACCACUGCCUCCCCAAAUCUACGUGUGUGUGGAAAAACGAAAAAUGUCUGGCACGCUCUCACAAACACACACUCUCUCGCACACAACUUUUUACUUUUAUUUCGCGAAAACAGUGCAUAUUAGGAGCUGAUUUUUAUGUGUUUUCGUCGGAACCACAAUAAGUGUUAUACAUAGUUCGAAAGAGAAUUUCUUCAGCUACAAACACAUAUGAAAUGUUAUAAAUGAAAACGAGGUAAAAAAAUAAAAAUUUCAUACAAACAUGACAUGGUUUUUUUGAAUUGUGUGAAACACGCAUGUGUUUUUUGAUGACCUGGCUUAUUUUUUGAAUAUCGAAUAUAUGUAUAAUCGAGUCGUAGUUUUGUUCAGAAUCUCAAGAGCUUUCAGAUGGUAUAAAUCAAUAUUUAUGAAAUUGUGAAAUCAUGGAGGAGUAGGGAUUUUUCGUUUGUCAAUUUUUAAAACGAUAUUUUCAUUUUCAUUUGAAAGGAACUCGAAUGAAGUUUACAUACGUUUUAUAGAGAAUUUCUCGGGCUUCAAAAUCAUAUAUAUAUUUCUAUACACAAAAAUGAAAAUUGAAAGCACCGCUUUCGGUUGAAAACUUGUUGGGUUUGCACCAAACAAACAAAUCGCGUUUAGUAGCGUUGCGAAAAACAGCGGUGAGUUUUCAACCGAAAGCGGUGCUUUCAAUUUUCAUUUUUGUGUAUAGAAAUAUAUAUGAUUUUGAAGCCCGAGAAAUUCUCUACAAAACGUAUGUAAACUUCAUUCGAGUUCCUUUCAAAUGAAAAUGAAAAUUUCGUUUUAAAAAUUGACAAACGAAAAAUCCCUACUCCUCCAUGAUUUCACAAUUUCAUAAAUAUUGAUUUAUACCAUCUGAAAGCCCUUGAUAUUCUGAACAAAACUACGACUCGAUUAUACAUAUAUUCGAUAUUCAAAAAAUAAGCCAGGUCAUCAAAAAACACAUGCGUGAUUCACACAAUUCAAAAAAACCAUGUCAUGUUUGCAUGAAAUUUUUAUUUUUUUACCUCGUUUUCAUUUAUAACAUUUCAUAUGUGUUUGUAGCUGAAGAAAUUCUCUUUCGAACUAUGUAUAACACUUAUUGUGGUUCCGACGAAAAACACAUAAAAAUCAGCUCCUAAUAUGCACUGUUUUCGCGAAAUAAAAGUAAAAAGUUGUGUGCGAGAGAGUGUGUGUUUGUGAGAGCGUGCCAGACAUUUUUCGUUUUUCCACACACACGUAGAUUUGGGGAGGCAGUGAAUACUUUCUCUUCAAAAAAAAAAACAAAAAAAAAUUACUGUUUCAAAAAAUUGUCAAAUAUUUUUGCAAUUUUCCAAACAUUCAAUCAUUACCACACACCUAAAAUCAAUAUAUUUUAUAAAAUAAUCAUACAAUAAUUUUUUACAGUGGAAUUUGCCAAACGAAUAAUCUACGAAUUCGCAAUAAUGAAUUCAACAUCAACAUGUUCGAGAAUAUCUGCCAGUUUUGCUCGUCUUUUCUGUCAUUCCAUUUAUUUCGCUGAAAAAUCACUCGAAACUUCCGAAGAUUUAGAAAAAAUCGCAGUUUUACCCCAAAAAUUGCUUUCGAUCAUAUUUUUGCGACACGAACAACAAGCCGGACGAAUUUUGGCAUAUUUAUUAAAUUCAAAAAUCGCAGAAAAAUUCGCGGAUUUCCUGAAGAAUCAUUUAUCGAUCGAUUAUCGAUUGAUUUUGUGGAAAGAUGAACAAGUUGCUGAUAUUGUUAAUUGGUUGAUUAUCACACGAUUUUCUUCCGAAAUUCCGCCGAUUUUGAUGGUUUCACCUGGUGAAAUGCGCGAAUUUUUGAUGAAAAAUGAGCGAAAUUUUGAGGGACUUAUGGUAAAAUUGGCAAAAACUGGAGAUCGAGAAGUGUUGAAAAUGGUAUUUGAGAAAAUGGAGGAUUUGAUGCGAGAGAUACAGAAUGGAAUUGUUGGAGACGAGACGAAGAAAAGUGAGCUUUUGUUGAAUUUUGAACAAAAAAACACGGUUUUUCAUGAAAAAAUGUUUCGAGAAAUAUUAGAUUUUUCAACCCUUAAUUCUGAAUGCCAUGUAGAUUUUGAAUUUUUAAUCCAAAAAUUGUAAGAUGACAUAUUUUAACGAAUUGCUGUCAGUUUCCACGUGGAUUUCGAAUUUAGAGACAAAAAAUUACUGAAUUUUGAGCAAAAAUGAGCUAGAAAACUAGAUUUUAUUUGAAAACUUUGAAUUUUUGAGAAAACUAGAUUUUCCUUCAAGGAAGGUCGAUUUUUUCGUGGUUUUUGCUCUUCAAAAUUGAAAUCGACUCCAAAAUUAUUAAUUUCUCUUAAAAUCUCGUUUUUUCCAGCCACUGUCCUUUUCGGCUCCACUAUCGACUCAAAAAUCACAGAAAAUCAAGCGAAUACAAUUGCCCGAAAAUUCGCGUGGAUCACCAAAGCUCUCUCGAUUUUCCUCACAAAUUCCCAACAAUCGAAAGCGGUUUUGAACGCAUUGGUGAAAAUUUCACCACAGGUUAGCAAUUAACAUUUAAAUAAAUGAUAAUCUUAAAUUUCUCAAUUUCAGAUCGUCGAAUUCAAAGCAGCUCUUCAAAUUCUUGGAAUUUCGGCCGAUAAAAUCGAGGAAAAACUAGAAAAUCGCAAAACUUUCGAUGUUCUUUCGGAAAUCAUUUCGAAUAUCUCUAGUUUGAUCAGCCAAUUUACACGAUAUCCUCUCGAAAAAGGCGCCAAAAUUUGA